UCCUCUCUUCAUCCAGAUCGAGCCUACCGCCGGAAGUGGGUUUGUUGUUCGCUCUCAAGGCUGAAGGCAAGAAGGCGAAAACAGCAUUGUCGGAGUGGAAAAUAGUUUUUUUCGACCAGUACUUUGCUCACAAGAGAGGCCGAGGGUGCAAAGAAAUAGAAGCAGUCAUUCCUUUCACCUGCAUUCGAUUUGUGUUGAUGGUGUAGAUCUAUUCAUCUGGAUAGCGGCAUCAUGGCCUACAACUAUGUUGUUACCGCUCACAAGCCAACUUCAGUGUCAAACGGUGUCACAGGACACUUCACGUCUCCAAGUGACUUGAAUCUGAUCAUAGCAAAGAAUACCAGAAUUGAAAUAUAUGUUGUCACACCUGAAGGGCUCAGGCCCAUAAAAGAGAUUAUGAUCUAUGGAAAGAUCGCCGUAAUAGAGCUGUUUCGACCUCCGGGUGAAACCAAGGACUUGCUGUUUCUGCUGACUCAUCGCUACAAUGCCAUGACACUGGAGUGCCAGAUGGAUGGAGAAAAUAUUGAAAUCAUCACUCGGGCUCAUGGGAAUGUUCAGGAUCAGAUUGGUCGGCCUUCAGAGACGGGAAUUAUUGGCAUCAUUGAUCCAGAGUGUAGAGUGAUUGGCCUGCGCCUAUAUGAUGGCCUGUUCAAAGUGUUUCAGCUGGAGAAAGAAAACAGAGAACUAAAAGCGUUCAGCAUAAGGAUGGAGGAACUGAUUGUCAUUGACAUGGCUUUCCUCUACGGCUGCCAGACACCGACAGUGGCCUUCAUCCACCAGGAUCAAAGUGGAAGGCAUGUGAAGACGUACGAGAUAUCUCUCAGGGAUAAAGACUUUCAGAAAGGACCCUGGAAGCAAGAUAAUGUGGAAACAAUGGCCUCUAUGCUUAUUCCCAUCCCUGAACCUUUUGGAGGCACUGUCAUCAUUGGAGAGGAAUCUAUCACGUAUCACAACGGGUUUAACUACAUUGCAAUUGCUCCACCACAGAUCAAGCUGAGCCCUAUAAAUUGCUACGGCAAAGUGGAUGCCAACGGAUCUCGAUAUCUCCUGGGGAACUUCUCUGGAGAUCUCUUCAUGCUUAUCUUGGAGAAGGAGGAGAGAAUGGACGGCACAGUUACUGUAAAGGAUCUGAAAGUCGAGACUUUAGGAGUGACGACCAUACCGGAGAAAAUUCUGUAUCUGGACAACGGGGUUGUGUUCCUUGGCUCUCAUGUCGGAGAUUCGCAGCUUGUUAAGUUGAAUUCAAAGAGAGACAGCAGUGGUUCGUACGUCCAGGUUAUGGAGACCUUCACCAAUCUUGGUCCUAUUCUGGACAUGGUGGUUGUGGACCUGGAGAGGCAAGGUCAAGGACAGCUUGUGACCUGUUCGGGUGCUGUCAAAGAAGGAUCUCUCCGGAUCAUCAGGAAUGGAAUCGGCAUCAACGAACAUGCCAGCAUAGAUCUGCCAGGAAUAAAGGGAAUCUGGCCUCUGAGAGUGAACUCUGAGAAGUACGACAACAUGAUGGUCAUGUCUUUUGUGGGACAGUCCAGAGUGUUGCAGCUGUCUGGUGAAGAGGUGGAGGAGACAGAGCUGCCAGGUUUUGAUGGCGAUAACCAGACAUUUGUCUGCAACAAUGUGUCCUUCAAUCAGAUUUUACAGAUCACCCAGGCGUCCAUGAGGCUGAUCCAGUGCUCCCCGCCCAGCUUGGCGGCCGAGUGGAAGCACCCCAAGGGGAAGAACAUCAGCCUGGCCUGCUGCAACAACACGCAGGUGGUCAUCGCCGCCGGAAGCGAGCUCUUCUACUUCAAGAUCGAGGACGGGAAAGUCUCACUGAAAAGCAACACGACCGUGGAGCACGAGGUGGCCUGUCUGGACAUUGGUCCCGUGGAGGGCGGCUCCGAGUCGUCUAGUCUCUUGGCCGUGGGCUUGUGGACAGAUAUCUCGGCCAGACUCUUCCGACUGCCGGACUUUGAGAGCCUGCAUGUGGAGAUGUUGGGAGGAGAGAUAAUUCCCAGAUCCAUUCUCAUGGCGACAUUUGAAGGCGUGCAGUACCUGCUGUGUGCUCUGGGAGACGGCUCCUUGUUCUACUUCAUUCUGGAUGUGAAGACAGGGUACUUGUCGGAGAAGAAGAAAGUGACCUUAGGCACCCAGCCCACGAUGCUGAGGACGUUCCGGUCUCUGUCCACCACCAACGUGUUUGCCUGCUCGGACCGGCCCACCGUCAUCUACAGCAGCAACCACAAGCUGGUCUUCUCCAACGUCAACCUGAAGGAGGUCAAUCACAUGUGCCCGCUCAACUCAGACGGAUACCCUGACAGCUUGGCCCUGUCUAACGACACCACUCUGAUGAUCGGCACCAUCGAUGAGAUCCAAAAACUGCACAUCCGCACCAUUCCCCUGAGAGAGUCCCCCAGGCGGAUCGCCUACCAGGAACCGACGCAGACAUUUGGCGUCAUCAGCUGCCGCGUUGACAGCGGCGAGCGCAACCUGCCAGGGUUUGAACCUCUGCCUCCGCCUGCCAGUCUGACGGCCUUGAACACGUCGACGGCCACCUCCAAACUGUUGCCCAGUGGGGGCGGGGGCUCGGCGGGUGGGGAGCAGGCUGUCAGCGAGGAGCAAGAGAUCUACUCGCUUCUCAUUCUCAGACAGAGCACAUUUGAGGUUCUGCACGCUCACACACUCCUGCCUGGCGAGUGCACCACCAGCCUGAUCUCUGCCACGUUGGGUGAGGACCCGACCCCCUACUACAUCGUGGGCACCGCCAUCGUCAGCCCGGAGGAGGCGGAGCCAAAGUCUGGUCGCAUCAUUGUGUUCCACUACAAUGAAGGAAAACUGACAAUGGUUGCGGAGAAGGAAAUCAAAGGCGCUGCCUACAGCAUGGUGCCCUUCAACGGCAAACUCCUGGCCAGCGUGAACAGCACUGUGCGUCUAUUUGAGUGGACCAGCGAGAAGGAACUGCGCCUGGAGUGCAGCCACUUCAACAACAUCCUGGCCCUGUACCUCAAGUCGAAGGGCGACUUUGUGCUGGUGGCCGACCUCAUGAAGUCCAUCACGCUGCUGGGGUACAAGCACAUGCAGGACGCCUUCGAGGAGAUCGCCCGCGACUGCAACGUCAAGUUCAUGACGGCCAUCGAGAUCCUGGACGACGACAACUUUAUUGGCGCGGACAACUCGUACAACUUGUUUGUUUGCCAGAAAGACAGUGCUGCCACGACGGACGAGGAGAGGUCUCAGAUGCAGGAAGUCGGGCUGUACCAUCUCGGGGAAUUUGUCAAUGUCUUCAGACACGGUUCCCUGGUGAUGCACCACGCCGGCGAAAACACCAUCCCCGUGCAGGGUUCAGUGUUGUUUGGUACCACGAAUGGAGCUGUGGGCAUGGUUGCCCAGCUGCCUCAAGAGUUCUACAAUUUCCUGUUUGAGGUCCAGAACAGACUGAGCAAAGUCAUCAAAAGUGUGGGCAAAGUUCAGCACAGCUUCUGGCGGUCAUUCUACACGGAGCAGAAACGUGACGCGUCCACCGGGUUCAUUGACGGAGACUUGUUGGAGAGCUUCCUAGACCUGUCCAGAGACAAGAUGCAGGAGGUUGUGCAAGGGCUGCAGAUGGAUGACGGUGACAUGAAGCGGGAUGCCACGGUGGACGACCUGGUCAAGACAAUCGAGGAGCUGACCCGCAUUCACUAGACUUGAUUUACGACUGAUGGUUUACAGUACGUGUGGGCUAUAAUAUCAGGACAACCCGCAUUCAGUAGACUGGAUUUACAUAUUAUGGUUUACAGUACGUGUUUACUAUAAUAUUAGGAUGGCUUUCGCUGACCCGCAUUCACUAGACUGGAUUUACGACUGAUGGUUUACAGAACGUGUGGACUUUAAGAUCAUUAUCAGGAAUGCUUUAGCUAAUCCACUUUCACUAGACUGGUUUUACGGAUGGUUUACAGUACGUGUGGAGUAUGAUGAUAUCAGAAUGGCUGUAGUUGACUCGCGUUCGUCAGUCUGGUCUCGUCCGUUGAUGGUGUUGUGCUCUCUAACUCUGUGACUGGAAGAAAUAGAUCGAGUUUUUAAAAAUCUAAAACCAUUGUUGGGAUUGAUCUGUGGCUCCUCACUGAAAGUCGAGAGUCAGCAUGGAAUAUAAAUACAAUACAAAGGACACGGGUUAUCCAAAAACAGCGGUAAAACGAAAGAAAAUAAAAUUUGCAAUUUUUUUCUCUUGUCCUCUUCUAUUUGAGCAACCUCUCCGCACCCCCCCAAAAAAAACUUGGUUUAACUUUAAAAAAUCUGGCGUCUCACAGAUUUCGGUUUAAGGGUACUCUGCUGUAUUAUAGGAGUACUAUGGGCUAACUGGCUAACUUUCAUAUCUUCUUUCAUGGAAUAAAGUUUGUUUUUGUUUGGGGGGGGGGGGGGGGGGGUUCAUUCUUUUUUUGUGAGAAGCCAGUUACGUGGUAAGAUCAUCCCAUCAUUACGGUGUUUUACCGCACAUGUGUGUUGCGAUGGCACGGCCGCAGUACUCCCUGCUCUUAGAAUUACAGCAAGACACUGAAGCCUGUUGCUGGGAGUGAAAACAUUUCUUAUAUUUGCUAUGUCAAUGAUGUUUUUGAAGUUGUGCUGGGUGUGAAAGUGAUUUAUUUGUAUGUCUUUUUUUUAAUGUUUGCAUGGUCAUUGAAAACAACCCCCAAGUUGAAUUCUGAUGACAUUUGACUGUAGUUUUUGGCUCUUUGAAUACAAGUGUAAUAAUAUUCUGAAA